AUGUGGAAAUUGGUGUGUGUGACAUUGGCGAUAACAACAGUGUUGGCGAGGCCAGAACCACCCGUCAACUCCUAUUUACCACCGUCCAGUAGUUAUGGAGCACCCGGAGCAGGUGGUGGUUCGGGUGGCUCUCCUUUGGCACCUUCAGAUUCAUAUGGAGCACCAGGUUUAGGUGGAGGAGCUGGGGGUUCUGGUCAAGCUCCAUCAUCUUCGUAUGGAGCUCCAGGUUUGGGUGGUGGAAAUGGUGGAGCACCUUCCUCGUCAUACGGAGCUCCCGGCUUAGGGGGUGGAUCAAAUGGUAAUGGCGGUGCUGGUAGACCUUCUACAAGUUAUGGUGCUCCCGGUUUAGGUGGUGGCAAUGGUGGUUCUAAUGGCAAUGGAUUUGGUACUCCUUCUUCAAGUUAUGGAGCUCCAGGCGGCGGUAAUGGUGGUGGACGCCCCUCUUCUUCGUAUGGUGCACCAGGAGCAGGUGGUGGUUCAAAUGGCAACGGUGGCGGAAGACCUUCAUCUAGUUAUGGGGCUCCUGGUGCUGGUGGUUCAAAUGGUAAUGGAAACGGUGGUGGAAGACCUUCGUCAACUUAUGGAGCUCCUGGUGCUGGAGGUUCCAAUGGUAACGGUAAUGGUGGUGGCAGACCUUCAGCGACUUAUGGUGCUCCAGGUGCUGGUGGCUCCAAUGGUAACGGUAAUGGUGGCGGUAGACCCUCAUCGACUUAUGGCGCUCCUGGUGCUGGUGGUUCCAACGGUAACGGUAAUGGUGGCGGCAGACCUUCGUCAACUUAUGGAGCUCCUGGUUCUGGUGGUUCUAAUGGUAAUGGCAACGGUGGUGGCAGACCAUCCGACAGCUACGGCCCUCCUGCUUCGGGUAAUGGAGGACGCAAUGGUGGUGGUGCUGGUAGUGGUGGUCAACCUAAUCAAGAAUAUUUGCCACCCAAUCAAGGAAAUGGUCGCAAUGGAGGUGGUGGCGGCGGUAGCAACGGUGGCGAUGAUAAUGGUUAUGAUUACUCUCAGAAUGGAGGUGGACAAGGUGGCGGCAGCGGUGGUGACGAUGGAAGCAAUAUCGUUGAAUAUGAAGCUGAUCAAGAAGGUUAUCGUCCUCAAAUUCGUUAUGAAGGUGAAGCUAAUGAAGGUGGUCAGGGAAGUGGUUCCGGUGGUCAAGGUGGAGCUGAUGGAUAUGAUUAUGAACAGAAUGGUGGUGGUGCUGGAAGUGGUAAUGGCGGCGGUGGUCAAGAUUUGGGUGCCGAUGGUUAUUCAAGCGGGCGUCCUGGCGGCAACGGCAAUGGAGGUGGCUAUUCGAAUGGUGGUGGCGGUCAAGGAGGUGGACAAGAUCUAGGCUCAAAUGGUUAUUCAAGCGGUGCUCCAAAUGGCAAUGGUAGACGCAAUGGUGGUAAUGGCCAAAAUAAUAAUGGCCAGGGCUACAGUAGUGGCCGCCCCAAUGGAAACGGCAAUGGUGGUGGACGUAACGGUGGCAAUGGAGGCGGUGGCUAUCGUAAUGGCAAUGGUGGUUCAAAUGGCGGUUCCAAUGGUGGCAGUAACGGUUAUAACUACGAACAACAAGGCUCCAAUGGUUUUGGACGAUUAAGAAGAUUUAAGACAAUGCUGAAAUUACUGUGUGCGGCAUUUGUGAUAACAGCAGUUCUGGCCAGGCCAGAACCACCAGUUAAUUCAUAUCUACCACCAUCUAGUAGCUAUGGAGCACCUGGCUCCGGAGCAUCAUCGGGACCUUCAUCAUCGUAUGGAGCACCAGGAUUAGGUGGUAAUGGUGGUGGUGGUGGCGGUUCAGGUAGACCUUCAUCCUCGUAUGGUGCACCUGGAUUUGGUGGAGGUUCAAAUGGUAGUGGUGGUGGCGGUGGAAGACCUUCGUCCUCAUAUGGUGCUCCUGGUUUUGGAAGUGGUUCUAAUGGCAAUGGUGGUGGUGGCGGUGGAAGACCUUCUUCAUCGUAUGGUGCUCCUGGCUUCGGAAGUGGCUCUAACGGCAAUGGUGGUGGCGGUGGAAGACCUUCAUCUUCAUAUGGUGCUCCUGGCUUUGGAAGUGGCUCUAACGGCAAUGGAGGUGGCGGUGCUGGUAGACCUUCCUCCUCAUAUGGUGCUCCUGGUGCCGGUGGAAAUGGUGGUUCUGGUAGACCCUCAUCGACAUAUGGUGCUCCUGGUGCCGGUGGUAAUGGUGGUUUUGGUACUCCAUCAUCCAGUUAUGGAGCCCCAGGUUCCGGUUCGGGUGGCGGUAGUCCUUCAUCUACUUAUGGUGCUCCUGGAUUCGGUAAUGGAGGUAGCGGUGGUGGCGGUGGUAAUGAUGGCUAUGACUAUUCACAAGGUGGUGCUGGAGGUGGUUCCGGUGGCGGUUACAACGAUGACGGUAACAAUGAACCAGCUAAAUACGAGUUUAGCUAUCAAGUUGAAGAUGCUCCUAGUGGCUUAUCGUUUGGUCAUUCAGAAAUGCGCGAUGGUGAUUUGGCAACUGGCCAAUAUAAUGUCCUAUUGCCUGAUGGAAGAAAGCAAAUUGUUGAAUACGAAGCUGAUCAAGGCGGUUAUCGUCCACAAAUUCGUUAUGAAGGCGAAGCUGGUCAAGGUGGUGGUUUAGGAGGCGGUGCCGGUGGUGCCAAUGGUGGCUAUGACUAUGAACAAAAUGGUGCUGGUGGUGCAGGAGGCUCAGGCUACAGCAAUGGUCAAAAUUUGGGAGCUAACGGUUAUUCCAGUGGUCGUCCAGGCGGCAAUGGUAAUGGUGGAUAUUCCAAUGGUGGCGGUCGUUCAGGUGGAAACAACGGCAGACCAAAUGGCCAAAGUUUGGGUGGAAAUGGCUAUAGCAAUGGCAGGCCCGGUGGUCAAGAUUUGGGUUCAAAUGGUUACUCCAGCGGCAGACCAAAUGGUCAAGGAGGUCGCAAUGGAGGUGGUGGCCAAUUUAACAAUGGGCAAGGUUAUAGCAGUGGUCGCCCCAAUGGCAAUGGUAAUGGAGGUGGUCGCAAUGGUGGUUCUAAUGGUUAUAGCAAUGGUAAUGGUGGUCGUAAUGGCGGCGGCGGCUCCAAUGGUGGCUACAACUAUGAACAACAAGGCUCCAAUGGUUUUGGAGCCGGUGGUCGUAAUGGUGAUAACGAUGGCAGUGGUUAUCGCUACUAAACCCCAUGAC